GACGCCAUACUGGCGGCCAAGAUGGCUCCCGGCAGGCGUGGGGCCAGGUGUCUGUCUUCCACCUGUCUUUAACGGCCACUACGAGUCUUCUUUUGUUCCUCGCGCGACACUUCGCACCGCCAUCCCAUGUUAGAGUCAGGGCGGCGUGCUUGAACUGAGCUGGUGGUAACCCGGAGCGCACCACGCUAGUUUCCCGAAAGGAAACAGGUAGCGUUACCUGAGUUGUGCGACUCGACUUACAACCCACCCCAUACCAAGGAUCCGGUCCCACCAGCUCUCGCGGAGUAAAGGGCGAGCGAAGCGCUCGAAACUUCUGGGAAAUGUAGUCCACAGUCACAACCGUAGCCGACGAGCCAGUGUCGACGGCUCGCGUCCGUUCGGGAGCCGGGGCCGGCGAGCCCAGAGGCCUCUGGGAGCCUUGGCCCGCCUGAGCAGUGCGCAGGCGCGUACUCGCUGGCUCGCCAUCGUCGUCUUUGUUUGCGGGCCAGCUACUCUCUGCAGUGCCAGGAGCUGUACUGAUCUCCUCCUUCAAAACCUCCGAGGGUCUUGAGGGCUCAGCCUGAAUUUUGUAAUGCUCUUGGACACACAACUGCAAUUUCCAAGUCCUACAUAACAGUUUCAGAGAUUUGAAGUCACCAGCUGGGAACAAGAAGAGAAAGAGCAGAUUGAGGAAGAAAUCUCAUGCAAACAAGAAAGACCUGGAAAAUUCACAAAUAGAUAAAGAGACGACCUGAAAGGCUUGAGUGUUAAGGCUCAUCCUUCUCUGAAAAUACAGCUAAGGACUAAUGUCCAAACAAUUUGGAAUAGAAUUUGUAUUUGAAUAUGAGAGAAAUUGUCGAAGAAAGAGCUUUUUAAUAUAAUGAGGAAACUCUAUAUCAGUUGAAUUAAUUAUCUAAUCUCAGGAUAAUCUGUGAAAAGACUUUCAUCAUAAAUUCAACUUCAUUAGAUAGCUGAUAAUUUCUAUUGGCAAAGAACCAUAUAAUUAUAUUGAAUGUGGAAGAGCUUUCUUCCAUGUCACAUAUUAAGAGAUACUAAGAAAUUCUCAUUAAAGCCAAUCUGUACAUGAGAACAAUGUUGGAAAGCCUUCAGACUGAAUCCGAUCUCCUUCCCCAUGAUCAAAUUCAUACCAGAGAGAAACCUUAUGAAUGUAAUGAAUAUGGAAGUACGUUUAGCCAGAACCUCACAGAGCUUGAGAAAAUGCAUACUGCAGAGAAGUCACAUCAAUGUACUGAGUGUGUUUCAUCCUUUAAUGUACAUUUGAGAAGUCAUACAGGAAAGAAACCAUAUAAUUGUAAUAAAUGUGGAAAAAUCUUCAGCCUGAAGGAAAACUUAAUUGCUCAUCAGAAUCAUCAUUCUGAAGAAUGUGGCAACACUUCUAUUCAGAAUCCAAGUCUCAUUAAACACCAGAGAAAUCAUACUGGAAACAAACCCUAUGCAUGUAAAGAAUGUGGGAAAGCCUUUAAUGGCAAAUCUUACCUUAGUGAGCAUGAGAAAAUUCACACGGGAGAGAAACCAUUUGAAUGUAAUCAAUGUGGAAGAGCCUUCAGCCAGAAGCAGUACCUCAUUAAACAUCAGAAUAUCCAUAGUGGGAAGAAACCCUUUAAAUGUAACGAGUGUGGGAAAGCCUUUAGUCAGAAGGAAAACCUCAUUAUCCAUCAAAGAAUACAUACUGGAGAGAAACCUUAUGAAUGUAAAGGGUGUGGGAAAGCUUUCAUUCAGAAGUCAAGUCUCAUUAGACACCAGAGAAGUCACACAGGAGAGAAGCCCUUUGUUUGUAAGGAGUGUGGGAAAGCCUUCAGUGGCAAGUCAAAUCUCACUGAGCAUGAGAAAAUUCAUAUUGGAGAGAAGCCCUAUAAAUGUAAUGAAUGUGGGACGAUAUUCAGGCAGAAGCAAUACCUCAUUAAACACCACAAUAUUCAUACAGGAGAGAAACCAUAUGAAUGUAAUAAAUGUGGAAAAGCCUUCUCUCGGAUCACAUCGCUAAUCGUACAUGUACGAAUUCAUACAGGUGAUAAGCCUUAUGAAUGUAAAAUCUGCGGGAAAGCCUUCUGUCAGAGUUCAUCUCUUACUGUGCAUAUGCGAAGCCAUACAGGUGAAAAGCCCUAUGGUUGUAAUGAAUGUGGUAAAGCCUUCUCUCAGUUCUCCACUCUUGCUCUGCAUAUGAGAAUUCAUACCGGAGAAAAACCGUAUCAGUGCAGUGAAUGUGGCAAAGCUUUUAGCCAGAAAUCUCAUCACAUUAGACACCAGAGAAUUCAUACUCAUUAAAGCUCUAGAAAUGCCUUGAAUUUAAGAAAGCCUUCAACACUGAACUCAAUAUUGUAUCAAAAAAAAUCAUUUUAUAGUAGUAAAGUGACAUGAAUGUGGAUAGCCUUGAAUAUGAAGUAUCAUAGUAUCGUCAAAAGCUAUACACCCACCACUGUCAUUGAUGACGCUCCUUUUAGGAGCAGUUUCUUUGAAGGAAUGAGCCAGUCAUGGACGCAAACCAACAUGGUUCUGGAAGGUCUACCUGAUGCACUAAGACAAAAAAGAUGUUACAGGUACAAAGAUGGUAUAAAGAUGUGGUUAGGUGACAAAAAUUGCCAUUUUUGUUUGUUUGCUACAAAUAUAACCAUCAAUUAUUUACUUUCGAUGCAGUUAUAAAAAAACAAAUUAUGAUAGAAUCUUAUUCAGAAACAUGCAUGCCUUAUGGAGAAAUGAUAAUAGAGGUAGUAUCCAAAAAAGGGAAAUCAUGGAUGAUUUAAAGGUGGUCUCAGGGUACUUGGCUUCAUAUGAAAAUAUACUAGAGUUUUGUUGUCAUCACAAAGUAUUUGUUAUGAAAUCCAAAAGUAUUGAAGACUAGAAAACAAAGUGAAAGUUAAUUUUAUAGAAGAAUGUUUCUAAAAUCUUAGAACAGGAUUGCUAAGAGUCCAGAAUACCCAUACACAUAUGUGUAUGCACAUAUAUAGGAAAAUUAUACAUGUGUCCAACUAGUUGUGUACCUUUAUGUUCAUUGCAGCAUGAAUAUAUUGUCAAAAAAUUGGGGGAAAAUAUGUUCCUUAUGAAGUUGCAGGAUAAACAUGAUGUAGUCAUACAGUAGAAUAUUGUCUAGCAGUUAGGUAAAACUCUAAUUUAUGUUAACAGACCUAAACAUAGAGAGUGAAGAAUGAUAGCCAUGUGAACUUAAAUUAAAUCAGCACUAACCAACACUGGUACCAGACUUUAUGAAUAAAACUAUUUAUGUAAAACUAGAGAGUGAACUGAAUAGACACACAGUCAGUUCCCAAAUGUGGAUGCCUCCAGCAGGAAAAAGUGGACAGGAAACAGGACCAAAGAUGAUAGCUAAUGGCUAAUUCCAUUUUGUGUCUAAAAAUAUAUUAUUGAAGAGUUAAGGUUCCAAGUAAAUACAGCAUAAGGUUAAUUCUGGAUUGGAGUAAUUCAUGUGUUUGUUUGUGCUAUUAAGAUCUGAAGGGGUAGGAAAGGUGUAUAUGAGAUACAUAUUACCAUUCCCGUUCAUAUGGUAAUUGAAGUAUUUUUUAAUUUAUAUUUGCCAUAAAAGUUGUAAUAAGUUUGUAAUUGGGGUGGUAGCUUAACAAAUUUAAUUCAUUUUAUUCUUAGAUGUCACCUUACCAUUCUGCAGUUGGUCUGCACUCAGAGGUAUUCCCAUCACUUUGCUAUAGGUUGGAUCCUAUAUUUAAGGAUUAUAUAUAAUAGUUCUUGCACAGAAUUGGUAGAAUAUUUUUUAUAGAAACCAAAUUUUAAUCACUUUUCCUACCCAGUAUUCAUAUGACAAAUGAAGGCAAUUUACAAAAUAAGAGCCAGAGAAAUAGUAUGGGGGGUAAGGCAUUUGCUUGCAUGCAGCUGACCUAGGUUUGAUCCCUGGCACCAGAUACGGUCUUCCUAGUCAGGGGCCACUCCUGAGCAGAGAGCCAGGAAUAGCCCCUGAACACCAGUGUAUAGCCCCCAAACAAGUCCAGGAACUGUGUAGAAUCAGAGUUUAGCCCCAGGCCUCCUGCAUGCAACCCCAGCCAACCUCCCAGGUCUUUGUUUUAAAGGUCACCGAGUAAACCCAACUCUAGUUUUGGCUUCAAUUUUUAACCCUAAAUAAAGCACUCUAUCUUAUGCCAGAUAUAGUCAAUACUCAUAGCCCUUCUGUGGACUUGGUGUUAAAAAGAUCUUAAAACUGAACAGUGUUCAUUUAUUCGAAGGGAAUCUUUUUUCCUAUUAAUUUUUGUUUUUUGGGGUCACAUCUGCCAGUGUUUUUGGUGACCUGCAUUUGGUCUGUUGAGCUGUGACCAAGCCCCUCAAAUAUAUUACUUUUAACCUCAGAAUUGUGAGAUGCUAAUAGAGCUAGCACUAUAUUGCUUUUACUAGUAUUUCAAAGCAAAUACUGAGAUACGAUUACCAAUUCAUUUGGGGAGAAAUGACUAUGCAGUUGUUCAGAAACAUAGAAAUAAGCCUUUGUAGCUGCUUGAAAUUGAAUUCUUGAGUCCACAGUGAAGCACAUUAAUGCAAAAGGAAUGCGCUCAGUUACUCAGAAGUAAUUACAGCACUUUCCUGCUUCUAUUGAUUUUCAGAAGUAAUGUGCUCAUAUAACAACUUAUGUCUAUAAAUUUCUAAAUUUGUUUUUUUUCUUUCCUCAUUAAGCAUGCUCUUCUGUUCCUUAAGUAUUCUAUCUUUGUACUCUAAUGCAACUUUGACUUCAUCAGAAUAACUGGGACCUCUUAAUUCAGACCAAAAUAAGAGGACUAACCUUGGGUGCAAACAGCCAGUCAGUACAAAGCCCCAGUGCCUAGAAUGACUCAAGGCUAAAGGAAAGAUGCACAAGCAGUGCAUAGAAUUCUGACUGUUGGAUAUUAGAAAUAUAUCCAUCACCUAUUGAUUCAACUUGUUGCUACCUAUUUGCCUCUACAAACGACACUACCAUUCUUCUCUUAGGGUCCCAUUUCAGGUGUUAACUAUGGGAUAGAUUAAGGCGAGAGACUGCUAGAUCAAAGUGUACACAGAUGCACUUUAAAAAAAUUUUUUUUUCUUCGUUUUCAUAGGUGCUACUAACUUUCAGAAAGACAGUUUUCCUAUAACAGCUCCGCAAUAGAUGGUUAUUAUACUAAACAUUAUGCUUGUCUGGGAAUAUAAACUUUAACUAGACUUGUUUUGUAAAUUUUCAUAUUGUUAGCCCAUUUUCCUAGAAGAUUAUUUAUCUUUUUUUUUGUCCAUUUUGAAGACCUUAUCAUGUAUUAGACCUUAGGAAUUUUAAUUUUUGUCAUAAAAUGCUUAAAUUUAAAAAUGUUUAAAUUUCUAAUGAGAUAUAUUCCUUUUCUUAAACCUAGGGAUCAGUUUAAGGUUUCAGUCUAUAUUGUCUAUGUUACUAGGUUUUUGUGCAAGUUUAGUUUCUUUUUUCAAUAUGUAAAUAUUUAAUUCAUCUAGAGUUUCAUUUUAAAUGUCACAUGAAAUAGGAUUUCAGUGUCUUUUCUUCUGAAUGGGUUUCUGGUUGUACAAAUAAUUUGUUGAAAUAAUGCACUUGUCCAGUAGCUCUGAUACCACUUUCAUCUACCCGAAGCAAUCAUUUGAGUUGUCCGUCCCCAAAAAGUCAAAACCAGAACCAGGCUUUGAUAAUCCUGCAACUGCCAAGCAAACACACAUUGCAGGGCCUCGGUGCUAUACAGGGGAAAAGAGCAGAAUUUACAUUAUUAUUCAAUAAGGCCACUUCCCAGCAAGCUACCUCUGUGUCUAUUUGUGCCACCAUUGUAUGGGGGUACACUGAGCUAUAAGAUUAAUACUCACUUAAGCACACAGAAAGCCAUUUCCUUUGCUUCCCAAGACUUUGUCACAUAGUCUACAAGCAUGGAAGCAUGGAAGUUACAGUGGUAUUUGUUUAAUGAUAGACAGAUCUGAACUCUUCCAGACACGGACCAGUGGGAAAGGCCUAUUAAAACUUUGUUGAUACCCUUUCCUACUCAACUGAAAUUUUGCUAUGUAAUCCUUUAUAAGAAUCUUUUCUCAUUCAGCGGGAUUGGCCUUGUACUUUUCAUUUAUAAUGUGACCUUUUUGUAUUUUGUUUCACUAACCUAUUUUUCUAUUUCUAUACUAAUAUUUUAAUUGGUAAUAAUGUAACAUUAGCCUUAUUCUAUUUUAUGGUGCUUAAUAGAGCAGGUCCUCCGUGCGGUUUUUCACAGUCCUCUUUGCUAAGUUAAUGGUUUUUCUAUAUUAAUGGAGAUAGUUUUCUCGAAUUAUAACAACCCUUUGGCAUACUAAUUGAAACUGCAUUAAGUCUGUAUAUUUAUUUUUGGGGAAAUGACACGAUAUUCAGUCUUUCAGACUUGAGAGUCAGCCUUUACAUUUAUUUUGAUUUGUGAUUUGUCUUUCAGCCUGAUGAUUCUGAAAGGAGUGAUUUGAAAGCCUUCCUACUUAAAAUUGUAUAUUCAAGAAAGGUUUAUUAGUUGGGAGAAUGAGAAAAUCCCCUAUUAAAGACUGAAUAUAUUCCCCCAGAAUUCAUAUACUGAAACCUUUAAUUCCUAGUGUGAUGGUAUAUGGAGGUGGGGCCACAGGGAGAUAAUCAGAUUUUGCUGAGGGUGAGGAACCUGGGAGAAUAGUGCCCCUAUCUGAGGAGAAAAGACAUUGGUCCGUGUGCAGGGACCAUAGAGAACCUACGGGAGCACAGUGAGAAAGCGCCCAAAUACCAGCAGGAAGUGGAUCUUCACCACAGACCAACCUACCAGCACUUUGACCUUGGGCCUUCCCUGCCUCCAGAAAUGAGAAAUAAAUGUCUCUUGUUUAAGCUA